CAAAAAAUUUCCCCCCAAAACCCAUUUUCCCUCCACCUCCACCCAACUUCUCUCUCCACCGGCGCCGGCGCCGGCUCCGGUGUCCCACUGAAACCGGCGAAGUCGUCUGCUCUCCCCCACCGUCGACCGAGCCCAGAGAGAGAGACACGAUCGUCUUCCCCCCCCCCCAAAAAAUUUCCCCCCAAAACCCAUUUUCCCUCCACGGCUCCACCCCAUUCUCCCUCCACCGAAAACUCUCUCCACCGGCGCCGGCUCCGUGAUCCCACUGAAACCGGCGCCGUAAUCUCCUCUCCCCCACCGUCGACCGACCCCUUUCCUUUCUCCAUUUUUCCUCCCCAACCCCUUUUCUCCACCGUGCGUCCUCUCCUCUCCCCACCGUCACCGCCGCCGACAGGAAUUGAGUUUCUUGAUAUACAGCUUUUGGUAUGAUGUAAAUAGAUGCGGCUGUUCAUGCUGGAGAUUAUCAACUCGAGGGUGACUGGUUGAAAACCAGAUUGAGUUUAGGGGAACCUCUUAACCUAGAAGGGUUUUCUUUCUAUUCGUAGAAUACAAAGGUCAUUCUUUUGAUCAGAUACAACUUGCUUUUGCAGAAGCUCCAAGUGAAGCACUUCCUCUUAAUUGUAGGCCUAAUUUUGGUGCUGCAUGGUUGACCAAAUAUAAAUUCAAGGUUGGCCAAACAAGGUGUUGUAUUAGAUUUUUCUAGUGUACCUUCUUUGGUUACUCUAUCAACUAAGACGAUUAUAUAUAGAUAUUAUUGCGGAUAUAAGUGAUCUUCUCAUAAAAGGCAUAAGUUGAAGGUUUCUUUUUUUGAAACAACUUGAUGGGGAUAGUGGAAGAGAGCAAGCCUCCUAAUCCUUCCAAACCAUCUUCUUCAGCUCAGGAAAUACCAACAACGCAUUAUUUUGAUUGGUCGAGCUCCUUGCAGGCCCCAUUUUUUGCCUCAACAGUUGCUUCUACAACUCCCAACCCCUAUCUAUCAAGAAGCCAGCAUCUGUUGAUCCCACCAUAUGGGAUGCCAGUUCCACCAUAUGGGAUGCCAGUUCCAUACCCUGGUUUAUUGCCUCCAUGGGGAGUUUAUACUCAUCCUAAUAUGACCACGACUCCAAACCCACUACAUGUCAAUAUAGAGUUGGAAGGGAAGGGCCCCUAUGGAAAUGAUCGAGUUUGCACUAAAAAAUCCAUGGGAACUCCUGGAAGCGCAUGCAAUGACAGUGCUUCACAUUGUUUGUCUUCCCCUCUUGCUAAUAGUGUUGAUAGUGAUAAUGAGGGUACAUUAGAUGCAAUUGAAAAGAAUAAUGAGAAACAGGAUUCUUAUGGAAGUAAGAAAAGAAGGUUUCACCAUAUGGUUGCAGAUGGAGCCAAUACACAAAGUCACACUGUUGGGGCCAUUGGUGAAGCUUUAGUGCCUCCUGCCUCAUUACCACUUGUGAUGGGAUCUAAAUCUGUAAUGCCUGAGCAAUUGAUGCAGAUUCCAAAUGACGACGAGCCAUUCCUUGAAGUUGCCCCUCAAAUUGAUGAAAAUGAAGUUGUCUGUGAUUUAGAGUUGGUAGACAAGGAUGACAAUGAUGUGCAAUCCAAUAAGAAAGAAGCAGAACCGGAGGUAGGAAUGAAGUUUAGUUCUGAAAAAGAACUAAUACUAUAUUAUAGGCGGUAUGCUCAGCAAUCGGGGUUUGGGGUGACAUCUAAAGGAGGUAAAAAUAAUCCAGACGGGAGUCAUAAGUACGUCACCCUCACAUGUGCUCGUUAUGGCAAGAAGCAAACUGAUGCAAUUAAUAUUCACAAGCCUAAUCCGACAACGAAAACUGGGUGUAAGGCCAAGAUCAAUGCAUCGUUCAGGGAUGGAGCAUGGUGUUUGACUACUGUUAAUGUGAACCACAAUCAUUCUUUAAGCCCUAGUAAAACAAGAUUUUUUCGAUGCUAUAGGAGGAUGGAUGAUAAUGUGAAAAGAAGGCUCGAAUUAAACGAUAUAGCUGGGAUAGGUGUGAGUAAGAACUUUAACUCUCUUGUUGUUGAAGGUGGAGGGUAUGAGAAUCUGUCAUUCAUGGAGAGAGAUUGUCGAAAUUUUAUUAACAAGGCAAGACAUCUUCGGCUUGGCAAAGGAGGUGCUGGAGUACUUUACGACUACUUUACUAGAAUGCGAGAAAUGAAUGAUGGCUUCUACGCUGUGAUGGAUUUGGACGACGACUCUAGGCUAAGGAAUGUGUUCUGGGCUGAUGCACGAAGCAGGGCUGCAUAUAAGUAUUUUGGGGAUGUGGUUACAUUUGACACGACGUAUUUGACCAAUAUAUACAAAAUGCCAUUUGCUCCUUUCGUGGGAGUGAAUCAUCAUGGUCAGUCAAUACUUUUCGGGGCCGGAUUACUAUCAAGCGAGGAUACGACCACAUUUGUUUGGUUGUUUGAAACAUGGUUGAAAUGCAUGAACGGCCAAGCUCCAGUUGCAAUAAUAACAGAUCAGGAUAAGGCUAUGAAAAGUGCAAUUGCAAAAGUUUUUCCUAGAGCCCGACAUAGAUUUUGUUUAUGGCACAUUAUGAAAAAAUUCCCAGAGAAGCUAGGAUCACAUGCUCAAUACAAGUGUGGCUUGAAGAGUGCCAUACAAAGUGCAAUCUACGACUCUCAAACUUGUGUUGAAUUUGAUAACAGUUGGCAAGGUGUACUGGAAAAGUAUAAUCUUCGGGAUAAUGCAUGGUUGUGUUGGUUAUAUAGUGAGCGGGCUCAUUGGAUACCAGCGUAUUUAAAAGAUACAUUUUGGGCCGGAAUGCAAACUACACAAAGAAGUGAAAGUAUGAAUGCAUUUUUUGAUAAUUAUGUGAACUCCAGAAGCACGCUGAAGGAAUUUGUUGACCAAUUUGACAAUGCUUUGAGGAGAAAGGUUGAGAAUGAGAAAGUAGCUGAUUUCAAUUCUUUUAAUGCCACCAUUCCCUGUGUAUCUCAUUUUUCUAUUGAGAAGGAAUUUCAAGAACUUUAUACCAAUGCAAAGUUCAAAGAAGUUCGUCAGGAGUUUAGUUGCUUGAUGUAUUGCAAUUGCUCUCUUAUUAAAAGUGAAGGUGCAAUUUCUACCUAUGAAGUAUCUGAUGAGGUAACAGUUGAUGAUUACACAAAAGAGCGGAAUUUUUGUGUUUACUUUAAUGGAGAUGAAUGUGAAGUUAAAUGCACUUGUGGGUUGUUUGAAUGUAGAGGAAUCUUGUGUAGGCAUGCCCUUGCUGUACUGACAUUAAAGAAAGUGAAAUCUUUGCCCACAAAAUAUUUUCUUGACCGAUGGAGAAAGGAUUUGAAGCGCGCAUAUACUCUUAUUGAGAGUAGUUAUAAUGUCUUCAGUUGCAACCCUGAUGCCCAAAGAUAUGAUUGCUUGUUGAAAAAAUGUAGUGAAUUAGCAACGCUUACAUCAACCAGUGAGGACCAUUACAUGGAUGCCAUGCAUUGUAUAGACAUGUUGCUAGCGAAAUACAAGUGCUCAAAGUAUGAACCCAGUCCACCCUCCCAUGAUAUUCCAUGCGCAUCUUCCAAAAGUAAUGAAGGCAUUGAUGGUGUAGUAGUGAAAAGUACUAAGGUUCUUAGUCCUAUAGCGGUUAAAUGUAAAGGCAAGCCACGAUUCAAAAGAAUGGUGUCUACAGUUGAAAAAGUCGUGACAAAAACAAAAAAGAAACAUCAGAGUCACAACAAUGCCAACCAGAAGGGGAGAAAAAAUCAGGCUUGCCAAGAAAUUCAAGAAAGGGAAUUGAACACAAAUGAAGCUCCAUUGGCUUCAAUAACUGACACUCAAUAUGAUCGCAUAAUUGGAACGCAGGAAACUGCUUUUAUUAAGGAUACGGGUUUCCACCUAUUUGAAUAGGCGAUUGAGCAUGAUGUUUUGUUUUUUUGAAAGCAUUGCUCUUUUUUUGUUCAGCUAAUGCUUUAGUACAUGUUACAAGAAUUUUUUGGAAGCAGUGAUGUUUUUUGGCUGAUGGUGGUGUAUAGUUUUUGCAAGUGUGGAAUGGUGGGUGCAUGGUUUUUGUAAGCGCUGAACAUGUGGAAUGGUCUACAGUAUGAAUUUUGGUUUUCGCUUGUGGAUUUCUGCUUACAUCAGCAACUGCUGCGAAAGUUAAACACUUCAUUUUGCUUACCUCAUUGGGAACAAACAAGGUUGGCUUUCCUGCUGCUAUUCUAAAUUUGUUUUGGGGGGUUCUGAUUUGGAAAAGGAAGGCAGAAGAAGCACUGCUAGCCAGUGGACUUCCCUACACUAUAGUGAGACCUGGAGGCAUGGAACGGCCCACUGAUGCUUACAAGGAAACCCAUAAUAUUGCCCUCUCACAGGAAGAUACUUUAUUUGGUGGCCAGGUGUCAAACCUUCAGGAUCCAGGUGCUGCAGCUGGGCCUGAUUUAGCACCAUCUAAGACUGUCAAAUCCAAGGAAGCAAGCCCUACCAUUGAGAAGGAGCAUUCCAGUGCAAAAGCGAUGGCGAGGCAACCCCUCUCUCCUUA